CCGGCUCCGCCGCGGUUUCCCCGCGCACCGUGGACCUGCGGAGCGACACGGUAACCCGGCCGUGCGCGGGGAUGCGCCGCGCCAUGGCCCGCGCCGUCGUGGGCGACGACGACUACGGGGAGGACCCGGCGGUGAACGAGCUGCAGCGCCGGGCCGCGGGGACCCUGGGGACGGAGGCGGCUCUGUUCGUGCCCACGGCCACCAUGGCCAACCUUAUUGCUGUGAUGUGCCACUGCCAGCAGAGGGGGACUCAGCUGUUCCUGGGCCAGAAUGCCCACCUGCACCUCUAUGAGCAUGGUGGGGCUGCACAGGUUGCCGGUGUCCAUUCUCAAGCCCUGCCAGAUCUGCCAGACGGCACCUUCGACCUGGACCAGCUGGAGCUGACCAUCCGCGAGGCCCACGGCAGCCGGUACCACCCACGCCCUCAGCUCAUCUGCCUGGAGAACACGCACAGCUCGGCGGGAGGCCGGGUGCUGCCCCUCACCUACCUCAGGCAGGUCCGUGAGCUCGCUGACCACUACGGGCUGCAGGUGCACAUGGACGGCGCACGGCUGAUGAAUGCGGCGGUGGCCCAGGGCGUGGAGCCUGCUCAGAUCGCCCAGCACUGUGACUCCGUGUCCCUCUGCUUCUCCAAGGGCCUGGGCGCCCCGGCCGGCGCGGUGCUGGCGGGGCGCAGGGAGUUCAUCGCCGAGGCCUGGCGCACGCGGAAGCUGCUGGGCGGGGGGAUGCGGCAGGCGGGAGUGCUGGCGGCCGCUGCCCUCCUCGGGCUGCAGCACGCGGAGGCCACGCUGCACAGAGACCACGACAAUGCCCGGCGCUUUGCAGAAGGCAUCCACGUGCUGGACUCGCCUCUCUGCUCUGUUAACCUGGCAGCGGUGGAGACCAACAUCGUGAUGGUAAAUGUCCGUGGGGCCUGGCCAUCCCCUGCCGAGCUCUGCGAUCACCUGCGUGCCACCAGCGAAGAGGAGGUGGCUGAGACCGGGCAGGCUGUCAGCGUCCUGCUGCUCCCCUGGUUGGCACGCACCGUGCGCGCCGUCUGGCACCGCGACAUCUCGGCCCACGACACCGAGCUCGCAAGGAGCAAGCUGGAGUUUGUUGCCAGGAAGUGCCAGGAGAAGCUGGCCCUGGGACUGCAUCCGGCUCCUUCGGGCACAGGGGGAGCCUGAGCAUCCUCCCAGCCCCCCGGCUGAAGCAGCAGGGACAUUUCGGCCAGGGUCCCCAUGGAGGGACAAAUGCUCCUGAGGAUGUAGAAGCAUCUCAUCCAGAGGACCAGAGUCACUGCACAGCAGCGCCAAGGACUGGCCAGUCUGGCCAGGACUGUCACAGGAGCAUGUCUUAGAUGGCUCCGUCACCCCCAUUCCCAGAGGUUUGUGUCAUCCCAGUCCUGCAGCCACAGGUGGGCUCCCCAGGCUUCUCUGUUAUGUUCUGGGUCAGCGAGUCUGC